CCAUUAGUGAUCCGUGAUCUUUACUAUUCACACGGUUCACGCUAGGCUUGUGAUUGCAAUGACUUGUCUGUACCCUUUGGUAACGGUGAGCAGGGGAAGUAUUAUCAGAAUGUGCUAUGGUUAGUUUCCGCAGGUCGUCAUAUCAGUCAUACACUUUCAACAUGGCGGUGAAUGUGUAUGUGAGUGUGUCUGGCCCUGCGUUGUCAUUCUUGCUUUACGAAAAUGUGAGAAGUUUAAGUGAUCAGGAAGGAUUUCUACUAGGAGAAGUUGUAAGUCAUGUUACCGAUACUAUAAGUGAUUCCCAGAUACGUGGGGAGAAAAUGGAGACUAUAAUAAGUGUAAAUUCUUUGAUGCCAAUUCCAAGUACAGUGGCAUUUUGCAGUGGUAUUGGGAAAGUUAAUCAUGAUAAACUAAAGGAGUUUCUGAAGGAAAAAGAAAAAAAAGUGGUUGGGUGGUACAGUUUCCGACGUAACUCUGUACUUAGCCCACAUCUUCGAGAAAAGCUUCUACAUAAAGAACUUUGUUCAUCAUUGUCUCAUCUCUCAUCGGAACACUUCACUUUGUGUCUCCUUAACACUUCAGUGUCCAGUCCAGGUUCGACCCAUGUGUUUAACCAUAAAUUCAUGCGCCACCGCCAUAGGAUGUUUGAACCUCUCCCUGUCCAGAUUCACAAUCUGGGUGAAGCUCCGCAGUCAGAGUACAAGUUAGUUCCUAGUACAGCAUGUUUGUCUGAUUCUUUCAACAACAUAAUUUCUUCCUUGAGGGCUCGUCAUGAAGAGAGUUCAGAUGCGUCUUUAGUAUGUAACAUCCAGAGGGCUUUGCAGGAGUACUUGCGGAAUCUUAUAAAUGAAGUAGAGUUGUCUGAAAGAAGGAUAGCCGAGCUGGAGAGAGAAGUUGACUCUCUUAGAAUGCAACCAGGACCAAUUUCUAAUGAAAUUCUACUGCCACAGAUACUGCAAGAAGAUGUAUCCACUACAGGUAGCAAUUACAGCAGUGUCAGUAGUACAGUUCCAUCUCUAUCAGGUGAUGUGCUUGGUGCGGUACCUGCUAAAGCUACUAAAAGUCCAAGCAAACAUCAUGCUGCUGUUGAAAGCAACCACUUGAAAGUUGUGGCAAAGGAAGAGGUUGGUGACAAUCAUAAUAAUUCCUCUGAUGCAUUUGCAUUUGUCACGGAGAUGAAGAUUCAGAUGAGCCAGCCACACAGCCCAACAUCAACACCUGUCGAGAACGCUUGUGUCAACAGCAGUAAACGUCUAGGUGAACGUGGGAGGGGAAUUGGACGAGUUCGUAGAUCUCCGCGGUCAAAAGCUCCAGAUGUCAUAGAUAAUUCCCCAAAUUUCAGACAUUCUUUGCAGUCUCAGGCAUUGGACACUGCUGCUUCAACACCUGUACGGGGUGCCUUACAAAAUAUGAACAAUGUAAACACAAAACCUCGUGGCUAUGCACAGGCUGUAAAGAGAACAGGAGUUUCUGGUGAUGGUGUGGUCAUUAAAUCACCAGCUGUGUCACAAGGAAGUCCAUCAAAAGUGACCUCAGCAAAUGGCUCAACUUCAAAUUCAGAUUCACAGAAAUACUGAUUUUCGGCUUGAGAUGAAAAUUUUGAUACAGGUCACAUCAUUGUAGACCAAUGUGAAAGUGUUACUGGGGAGCCACAGUGAAAGCGCUUAAUCAUAUUCCAUUUGUAUAUCAAUGUUGGCCAGUGUUGAAUCAUAGCAGUCACAGCACACAAUCUAAUUAAAAGUAAGAUUGCUCUUGUCUUAAAAACAGUAAGUAUAAUAAUAAUUUUCACCAUUGAUGAGCAAUAUUUUCAUACCAACAAUGGAUAUUUUCUUUGUAUGUGUGUGGUUUAAUAAUAACAAUGAUAUGGAUGAUAACAAGCAUGUUACAAUAUAAUUUAAAAUCCAAAGAAGUUCUGUUAUGAGACGACUCCUGAUUACUAAAGUUUUACUUCUAGAGAUCAGUGUUUGAAUGUGUUUAAUCCUGUGGCUGUUUACUUCUGCAAGCAUUAGUCAGUCAAUAAUUACGUGUUCUGAAUCAUUGCUUAUGAAAAAAAUAUUUAUUUGUUGAAUGUUUUUAUGAAAUCACAUUACUUGCAGAACUGGGUGGCAGUAUAAGAAACUGCUGUGGGCUGUCAAAAUAUGUUUAUUGUAACAAAACUUCAAUGUAUUGAAAAGUGAUAACAUUUAAAAUGUUAUUAUCAGCUUAUACAAACAAAUGAAAUAUACUUGACAAAACUUUUUGAGUAGA